ACGCAAGCUGUGACUGUUCUUCAGUGCGGACUGUUCUAUAGUUUCAGCCAAGAAUCUAGUGAUUGUGAUAUAGUGUAUAGGCUUAUCGUUCGCUUCCCGGUAUGGCCGAGAAAAAGGAGCUAAUUAAGAGACGGGCCAGUUAUAAAGGACGGUUAACAGCCUUCUCUAAUUAUCUAAAUAGUUUGAACGACUCAUUAAGUCAAAGUCAGCUGAAUGAGCUGCAGUUACGAGUAGGUAAGAUUGAAGCCCUAUAUCAAUUCUAUGAUGAAAUUCAAACCAAGUUGGAAUGUUUGGUGGACGACAUGUCAGUGCAGUUAGCAGAAAGAAAUGAAUUUGAAACUUUAUAUUUCUCUUUAGUUUCAAAGUCACAACAAAAAUUAGCCAAACAGUCAAAGGAUAGUGACAAUUUUAGUAAUCAUUCUUCGUCAGCCACCAACAAUCACAACUUAGUUAAGUUGCCUACUAUUCAACUGCCAAAGUUUAGUGGUUCAUAUGAGAACUGGUUAGAGUUUCAUGACACCUUUACAAGCCUCAUUCAUUGCAAUGAUAAUAUAGAUAAUAUAAACAAAUUUCACUACUUAAGAGCUUGUUUAGAAGGGACUGCAGCCGUCGUCAUAAAGUCUAUUGACUUCUCCGCUGAUAAUUACUCUGUAGCCUGGAGCCUACUUUGUCAACGAUUUGACAACAAGAGGUUAUUAAUUCAAAAUCAUGUUACAGCACUGUUUAAUAUUGAUUCUAUUAGUAAAGAGUCGUCUCAAUCGUUAAAGCGUCUUGUUGAUCAGGUAAAUAAAAACCUGCGGGCCUUAGAGUCAUUAGGUCAAUCUGUAGAUAAUUGGGAUGUAUUAUUAAUACACAUAUUAACUCACAAGUUAGAUACUAAAACUUUUAGAGAAUGGGAAGAACAUAAAAGUCGGUUGGAUAAAGAAAUGCCUAUUACGUUGAGUUCAUUCACGGAAUUUAUUAAAAUACGGGCAGAUUUACUUGAAACUUUAGAAUUGUCUCGCAAUCAUCAUUCAUUAAUGAAACAUAAUACUAACAAUCAGCAGAAAGUCAAAAGCAUGGUGUGCAACACUUCGCCAUCAAGGUCCAGCAUAGGCACCACUUCGAGUGACUCGUCUCCAUCCAGUUCGCCAUCCAAGAAGUGCCCUAAGUGUUUUGGUGAUCAUUUCUUGAGCAACUGUUCCCAAUUUUUGGAUCUCAGCGUUGAGCAAAGGUUAGAAUUAUUGCCAAAUUAUAAAAUAUGCUACAAUUGCCUUCAGCCAAAUCAUUUUUCAAAUCGGUGUAAGAAAAGUGGGUGCCGUAUAUGCAAAAGAAAGCAUAGCUUUCUUAUUCAUAGGUCAGAGAGUUCACGCGACAAGCAAGCUCCAGUGAGUACCUCUACGGCUAACUCCACCACACCGGCUUUGCCCACAUCCGCUUCCUCGAACGGAGAGUCAGGCACAGGCACUAGUGUUGCCUUAUCUACUUGCAUUUCGACACGCAAUCAAGAUGUGCUCUUAUCUACUGCUUUAAUUAAAGUGUAUGAUGCACAGAAUUGCGCGCAUACUGCACGCGCUGUUUUAGACAGUGGGAGCACAUCCUGUCUUAUGACUAAGAAAUUAAGUAGCAAGUUAAACUUACCUCGUACCCAAGUUAAUAGAUCGGUACAUGGAAUAAAUAAUGCUGCGUCUCGUGUCCAUGAAUGUUGUCGAGUGCCAGUAGAAUCAUUUAAAGAUAAUUUUAAAACAAAGAUUAAUUGUUUUGUGAUGCAGUCACUCACUGACUACGUUCCAAGUAGUCAUGUUAACAUUUCUGAAUUAAAUAUUCCUAGUGACAUACAGUUAGCCGAUCCUGCCUUCCACACUCCGUCUGAGGUUGAUAUGAUUAUAGGCGCUGACCUAUUUUGGGAUAUUUUAGGUUCUCAAAAAAUCAUCCUUGGUCGUGGCAAGCCGAUUUUGUGGGAGACAAGAUUUGGAUGGGUCGUUGCCGGUCCAGUCAGCUAUGUAUCAAAAUGUUUAUUAUCCCCUAGUAUUCAAUGCAAUUUUAGUGCAAUUAACGGCUCAACUCGUGUUAACGAUGACAUUGAAACCAAUUUAAUGCGUUUCUGGCAGCUCGAAGAAGUUGGCCUUAAGUCAUCGUACUCAGAGGAAGAGCAAGCAUGCGAGGAUCAUUUUGUUAAAAAUACAACUCGAUUACCAGACGGUCGAUUUUGUGUUAGAUUACCUUUAAAACAAUCGGCCAAUGUUCUGGGUGAUUCCUUGCCGCGCGCUAAGCAUUGUCUCCUUUCGUUGGAAAAACGACUCAAGCGGGAUACGUUAUUUUGUGAACGGUACCGAGACUUUAUGUCCGAGUACUUGAAGUUAGGUCACAUGUCCGAAUGCGAUAAUCAUUUACGCAAUCUGGGUUAUUUCAUACCUCAUCACGGUGUCGUGCGCGAAAGCUCUCUGACUACUAAAUUGCGCGUGGUUUAUAAUGCCAGCAGUCCAACUACUAGUAAUAUAGCACUUAAUAAUAUUUUAAUGGUUGGGCCUACUAUUCAGGAUGAUUUACUAUCUAUCUUAUUGCGCUUUCGAUGUCACAAAAUUAUUUUAGCCGGAGAUGUAGAAAAGAUGUAUCGAAAUGUAGUCGUACAUCCAGAUGACAGACAUUUGCAACAGAUUAUCUGGCGAGAUAAUCCUUCUGAAACAAUUAAAUGUUUUCAGUUGAAUACCGUUACAUACGGUACAGCUAGUGCUCCUUUCCUCGCAACUAGAUGCUUAAAACAAAUUGGCCUAGACUGUGAAAAUAAACAGAUUAGCGAGAUAAUUAUUCACGAUUUUUACGUGGACGAUUUAUUAACAGGUGCACAAACUUUGCAAGAAGCUUUAGAUAUUAAAAAUAAAGUAACCAGUGAGUUAGCUUCUGCAGGUAUGCCACUCCGGAAGUGGAAAUCAAAUAAUUCACUGUUAAUGACCGAUGAAUCAAAACAAUCCUCGGUUGAUUUAAACAUUGGAGCUCUGGAAUGCAGUAAAACUUUAGGUCUAUAUUGGAAUAAUUUAUUAGAUCAAUUUUAUUUUCAGAUUAACUGUAACAUUCCAACUGAAGCUACAAAACGGUCUAUACUUUCAGUAAUUUCACAAAUUUUUGAUCCGAUGGGAUUACUGACCCCUUGUACAGUCACAAUGAAAAUUAUGUUACAGAAGCUUUGGCUUCAUAAAUUAUCAUGGGAUGAGAAGUUGCCCCUUGAUUUAUAUAAGCAUUGGGUAGAAACAGCAAAACGUUUACCUAUUUUAAACGAUCUGAGGAUUAACCGUCGCGUUGUCAUUGAUGAUCAUGAGUUCAUUGAUUUACAUAUUUUUUCAGACGCUUCUCAACUCGCCUAUGGUAGUUGCGUGUACGUGCGAAGUAUAAACGAUCGUGGUGAAGUUCUCGUUAGUUUGCUGUUAGCCAAAAGCAGAGUGAGUCCUUUGAAGCCCACCACGAUACCACGUCUCGAACUUUGCGGAGCGUUGGCUAGUGUUCGCCUGUACGAAAAAGUGACAAAAUCGCUGCGAGUUAAAGUACGUAAAACCUUUGUUUGGACCGACUCAAUGAUUGUUCUAGGCUGGCUGAAAAUGUUGCCAAUUAAAUUACAGCCUUUUGUUAGGAACCGAGUCGCGGAAAUUCUGGAAGUUUCGGGUAAAGCUGCCUGGCGUCAUGUUCCGACUGAUUUAAAUCCAGCGGACCUUAUAUCGCGUGGUUUAGACCCAGCCUUAAUGCAGGCGUGUAGCUUGUGGUGGUCCGGUCCUGAGUUUCUAAAACAAGAUGAAAAUCAGUGGCCAUCAAAUCCCGAGUAUAAUAAUUCGAAAUCACUUCCUGAAACUAAAGAAGUCACGUUACAUACAAACGUUGAACCUACUCAAAGUUUGAUUGAUUUUAGUCGUUUUUCAAAUUUUUCACGUUUGAACCGAGCUAUUGCAUAUGCUCUUAAAUUCAUUAAUAAAUGUAAAAAACAAACUUGUGAUGAAUUCUUAACAAGCAGUGACUUACAAAAUGCAUUGAAUUUAAUUAUUAAAAUUUCUCAAAUGGAGUCUUUUUCAGAGUAUCAAUUAUUAAAGAAUGACAAAAAGCUGCCUAAAAAUAGCACUUUAAAUAAAUUUAACGUCUUUCUAGAUGAAAACCAAUUGAUGCGCGUAGGUGGUCGUUUAGACAAUUCAGAUUUUUCUUAUGAUAAGAAACACCCAAUCAUUCUUCAGUCCUCACAUCUUGUUACUAGGUUGUUAUUUAAGCACGAGCAUAAACGACUUAUGCACGCAGGGCCACAACUGUUAUUGGCUUCUAUUCGCGAAACCUACUGGCCUAUUGGUGGUCGCAACUUAGCAAAGCUUUGCUAUCGUAAUUGCGUUCGGUGUAAUCGUAUGAGAGGCAAGGUAGUUCCGCCUUUAAUGGGAAACCUUCCAUCAAAACGGGUACAGGCAGGUGGUUACCCAUUUGAAAACGUCGGCAUUGACUAUGCAGGGCCAAUUUUAUCGGCUAGUCGUCAAGGCAGAGGCUGUAGACUUGUAAAGGUGUACAUUGUGAUUUUUGUAUGUUUCGCUACGAAAGCAAUGCAUAUUGAAUUAGUAGGUGACCUAACUAGUAAUAAUUUUCUUUCUGCGGCCCGGCGUUUUAUGAGUCGCCGUGGAAAAUCAAAGAAUUGGUAUACUGAUAAUGGCUCUUCAUUUAUCGGCGCAUUUAAUGAAAUUAGUAAAUUUUUAAAAAGUAACUGCAGCUCAUUGUCAGAAGACAUUGCCAAUGAGGGUGUCAAUUUUCAUUUUCUGGCUCCAUAUGCUGCUCACCAAGGUGGCCUUUGGGAAGCGGGCGUUAAGUCUGUCAAAUUUCACUUACAACGCGUAUUGGGUAAUUGCCAUUUAACGUACGAGGAACUUAAUACUGUGUUAGUUCAGAUAGAAGCAAUCCUCAACUCGCGCCCGCUUACACCGUUAUCUACGGAACCUGACGAUCUGAUGCCGUUGACACCUGGCCACUUCAUCAUCGGCCGACCUCUUACGUCGUUGCCAGCACCAAACUAUGUGAACAGCGCCACAUCACAGUUAACAAGGUACCAAAGAUUGGAGCAGCUUCGACAACACUUUUGGGCUCGGUGGAGCAAGGAAUAUAUUGCCGAAUUACAAAAGCGAGGAAAAUGGCGCACUGGUCAAGGAGCCCUCAAAGUGAACGGCCUUGUAUUAUUAAAGGAUGACCAGUUACCGCCUCUAAAAUGGAAAUUGGGGCGCAUAGUUACCUUAUAUCCUGGUGCUGAUGGCAUAAGCAGAGUGGCAGAUAUCAGAACAUCUACUGGGAUAGUACGUCGUGCUUUUAGUAAGAUAUGUCCAUUACCAGAUGACGAAAUUUCCUGUUGAAAGCGAGCUUCCAACGCGCGGGGGGAUGUUGGAUUAUACGGUU